CGUGCAUACAUGAUGAUGUCAUUUGAAGGGGAGUUUGGGAGUCUCUCUGGACAGGACCAACACUUCCAUUGAAUGGCCCCUCUUUCCAAUGGGACAGCCGCCAUGUAGCUUAGAAAGGACACGCUGUUGUUUUUGGCGACCGAGUUUCAGUUUUAGCCGCCUAAACACGGAAGGUAGAGGACCAUCCAAAAGAAGUCCCUGGAAGAUAACAGAAAGAAUGGACGAAGCGAAAAGUGGCAGUCGUCGCAGGGACUGAGCCUUCCUUAGAGGGCGGCUCCAUGUCCCCGUCGUCCCCGUGCCAGAUGCCUGCGAAGACGGCUGCAGUGUCUGGAGCUCCACCCGUCCCGCCGAGGAGGCUCUGUGGUCGGGACGGAGGCACGGGCAGGACGAGGCGGCCCGGGGCUGGAGGAGCGGAAAGGCGGGUAAAGUGUGUCCUGGUGGGGGACGGAGCUGUGGGCAAAACGAGCCUUGUGGUCAGCUAUACCACCAACGGUUAUCCUACAGAAUAUGUCCCCACUGCUUUUGACAACUUCUCGGCGGUGGUAUCAGUGGACGGGCAGCCAGUCAAACUUCAGCUCUGUGACACAGCUGGGCAGGAUGAGUUUGACAGGCUGCGUCCGCUCUGUUACACCAGCGCUGACGUCUUCCUGCUGUGCUUCAGUGUGGUCAGUCCCGUCUCCUUCCAGAAUGUCCCGGAGAAGUGGGUUGCGGAAAUACGGAGGCACGCCCCCUUCGCACCACUAGUCCUUGUUGGGACUCAGUGCGAUCUCAGAGAAGAUGUCAAGAUUCUAAUAGACCUGGCUAAGUACAGGGAGAGGCCAGUGGACCCAGCGGAUGCCAGGGACUGUGCGGCUGAGAUUGGCGCUGUGGCAUACGUGGAGUGCUCGUCCUUAACACAGAAGAACCUGAAAGAAGUGUUCGACACGGCCAUCCUAGCCAGCCUGCAGAACCUCAGCUCCCAGAAGCACUUGAGAGGGAAACAGAAGCGUAGAGCAAAGAAAAGGCAGACGCCUGACAAAAUGAAGAGUUUAUCCAAGUCGUGGUGGAAAAGGUACUGCUGUGUGACAUAAAGGAUGGACUUUGGGUCCUCUGACACUUUGUCUGCAACCUGGCCUGGUCUAAAGGAGAGGGAUGUUGGGUAGAACCUCUUCUUGUUUGAAACCAAAGAUAUAUUUGUCUUACAGCACAUUUACCACAUAACUCCAAUCAAAACAAGAACAAGAAGCAAAGAAGCUAGAAGACUGAUAUUUUCACUAGGAAGUAAAACAUGUUGAAUCUAUGUUGGAAGAGUGUGAGCUGACAGGACUUCAUCUUCUCUUUCUGUUGUUUUACUUGAGGUUUCAUUCAGUCCAAAGAGAGGUUGGGCAAGAAAGCCUCAUUUCCACCAGGCAGUAUGGUUCAGUUCAGUACGGUACACAUUUUUCUGCAUUUCAAUUGGAACGUUUCCCAAAAUCCCGUCCAGCUUUCUUUAGGAUACUGGUUGCACUGGUACUGGUAACUACAAUUAGAUGGAAUAGGGUGGAGCUCGAUACUAUGCUGUCCACUAAUUGGACAGGACUAUCAAAUUACAGUGGGAUAGGAAUGGAUUACGUUACCAAGAGAGGAGUUAGCACCAUUUGUGUUUUCAUAUAUUGUGAAAAAACAAGACAAUUUUCCCAUAGACAAACAAUAUGAACAAAAACUUGAUUUACUCACAGAAAAAAUGUAAAAUUGUUAUAAAUGACGAAUGGAUGGAAUUUAUUGUUGAUACUAACUUCCUGUAUACAUCCUGGUGAGAUCAAAUUUAAGUGUUUCUCAUGUUCUUUAUGAAAUUGCUGGCAAUUUUAUUUGGCCCUAUGGCAAGUGAUUUAGCAGUCACACGCAAUAAAAACUCCACAGACAGCAAGCCAGUAAUAUUUUACAUACCAUAUAAGUACCCAGCACAGCUAUUACCAUCCCACUUUGAAUUGAAAUAUUAAUUACUUGGGAUUUGCUUUGUCCAAAUCAAGAGAUUGCAUGAUAUGCUGCUUGUUCAUUGGAGGCAAAGUUUGCAGAUAGUCACAUAUCCACCGGCACAAUGUUGCAAUCAUGUGAUCUGUACUCCAUUUAAGUUUAGACUCAGAAGUAGAUGAGGAGAAGGUGAGAAUUCAUCACCCAUUUAAUUUGGAGAAAAUGUGUGUUCGCCACAUUAGCAGUUAAGACUAUUUUUGACUUUUUUUUUUUUUACAGAAGAUGCGGACGUAGCAGAGGCAGACGUACAUGUGUAUCUAACACUACUGCCGUUGUCACAUAUUCUACACCACUGCAGUAGUCUCUUCACUUGUUCAUGUAGUCACCUGUGAGAUGAAUCAGUCUUAUUGUGUAUGAGGAAACGAUAUCUGCACCCUCAUCUGCACACAAUGACGUCUAGUCAAGAUAACAGCAAAGCUCCUGCUUGUUGGCGUGCGCUAUGACCCUGAUUUCCAUCCAUUUUGCUGUUUGACUUUUUGCUUAUCGCAAGAUCAACAUGAUUUUUCAGUCGCCGGGUGCUGAUUGUUGAGGCUUCGGGCACACGCAAAUGAAGAAUUCACUCAAGUAUAAGGGCUGAAUUGGACACAAGUAUUGGGUUAUUACCAGUGUACCACUCAUAUUAAACUUAAGUCUAACCUUAACACAUCGGUGUUACAGCGGUGCUCAGUUCCAACACCGUACUGUACAUCGCCAACGUCUUCUCCACACCCACACAAGCACUCACUGGAGGUGCACCCACAGACAUCAGAACUCCAAACAUGGACACAAAACACAUGCAGGCUAAAAGUAGAGUAAAAUUUCAUGGUAUGCUCUCAAUGGGACACGCCAGACAAUUGAAGGUUUUUACACAAUACAGUAAUUACUUUCCCUGGUAAGUAAUUACAUUUAUGAAGGAAUCAUUAUAAAACAUUUUCGGGAAACAACCUGCCCAACACUGCUCACACCAACUACAGGAAUUGAAAACACAGUUAAGGGGUGGUUUUUGGUUGCCCUUUUGGGAACAGAUUAGUGCCUUCCCCAAACUCAGUGAAUAAUGAAGAUGUGUGUGUCUAUACUUUAAUCACCUUCUCCAUGUUUUGUAAAUUUGCAGGACCAAAAAAAAGGAAACACAAAGUGAGCCACACCCUUUUCUGUACAUUGUUGUAACAAAGUCAGAGCAAAACCCUCAUGAAUUGUAUCUUUUCUGCAAGGUCUUUGACACUGAAUGGGCCUUUGUGUCAACAUCAGAGGGUGUGGGCGACCCUGACACUGCCUAACUGCAUCAUCAACAUGUUUUUUUUAACACAUUUUCUAGUAUUCAUCACAACCUUGGGGUUGUAGUUGUAUUCUUGAAAAGGUCAUUGCAUUUCCAGAAAAGGCAGUUAUCCCAUGACUCGUGUCAAUGCCAGGAUAGAUGAGGAUACAAAAAGAUGCUACAGUCAUCAUUCUGUAAUUCUGCUCUUUCUUUUUUAGAUAGAUGGUUGUGUUAUUUUGCACUCAUUAUAAGGAAGAGUGCAUCCCCUCAAGAGGACAUAAAUCAGCCUUACUUACUCCAUUAACAUGCUGAGGUUAACUUAAACAUGUUUUUUUAUUUUCUUUUUGCUGUGCCUGAGCCUCACACUUUGAAAGGAGUACUGUAUUGUUUAAACCCAUUGUUACAAACCCAAGAUUUACUCAGUCACACUUGUAUGUCAGCAAUAACAAAAGGCACCCUAUUAUGGUGUCUUUUGACACUAAUCCACCAGCUUGGCCACAAGAUAUAGAUCAAUAUUUUUAUGUGUGUGUCUGCCUGUAAAGCUGUGAUGGUGAUGGAGCUUCUUUUUUUUUCUAGCCAUACAAAUGUUCCAGCUGCCAGUGAUUGAAUGGAUCCACUGUGUCCAUUCUGAUAGCAAGUGCAUUGUUUGUUAGCAGGGAAAGUAUUCACAAAGAGGCCUGUCUUGCAGUUUGUGUUGUCUCCAGCAGCCUAAUGGUGUAUGAAAAAGUAGGCCAAAGGUCACACAGACCCUCUUGUUCGUUGACAUUUGAGUUAGUCAGUUUGUGUUUAUGGUUUUAAGGAGUAGGAAGUAUCCCGAUAUAGUUACUACCAUGAAAACAAAUAUAUUGCAUCUUCUUUAUAAGCUUAUUUAUCAGCCGUUUAUUUCAUGCAGAUCCAUAUAUUAUAUGUGUGUUUCAAUUGUCCCUGCAUUAAUUUUAAAUGAACUCGAAUCAAAGAUGAUUUUUUUGUACAAAGGUUUUAUACUUUGAGAAAUAAAGCACAUUUGCUAUAAUACAUUCUUUGUUUACAGUGAUAGGCGUGGCAGUGUGUGUGUGCUUAAAUUUAUCACCAGGAUGCGUGUCUGCGUCAUGCGAGACCACACUCUGCAGGAUUUAUAACUAAGAGGCCUCUGUACUUCUUCACACCGGAGAAGGCUCUUCAUCAUCAGGAUUUACAGUAAUGACUUGCAGCAGAAAAUAUGAAUGUACUUGCAAAGUGUUAUUUGGCGAUAAAAGGCGUUAUUUGAUAUGGUAAUAUGAGCCAUAGAACAAACACAGCAUAAAUUGUUAUUCACUGUUCAGUUGUGCUAGUUUAUAAAGGUUCUCAGUUGCCAACGUGUGAUGGGAGAACUUUUGAGAAGCACUGGUCGAGAUAAAAUAUUACAGUUAUGGAUGUACGAUAUUGGCUUUUUUGCCGAAAAUGUAUACACCGAUAUUGUCCAAUUCUGACUUUCCGAUACCGAUAUGUGUAACAUGACAUAUCUGCUGUGGUGGAAUGAAUGUGUUGUGUUGUAUACAGCAUUUUUCAAAUAUUGAUUUCAUGAUUGGGAAAAAAUCUGAUACGGAUAUCAACGAUAUCACAUUUUUAUGCUGAUAUCGGUCCAAUAAUAAUAAGUACCGCUAAUUAUCAGACAUCAUUAUCAGACAAAUGAUUGCACAACAAACCAAAAACCACGUUUAUUUGUACUUCUGAAGGUAAUUAAGUUGUUUUACUCACUUUUUUUGUCUCUCAUAAGGUUAUGCUUUUUUCCUGCAGCAUUUUACAAGAAACUGAUAUGCAAAUUAGACGAUGACAUCAUGUAGCGACUUCUAGGACAGCUAUAAGCUACUUUUGUCACUGAAAAGUUGGCAACAGUACGACAAAGUGGAAUUACUUCUACGAGUCAAGACAACAACAUAUCAGGAGAAUAUCGACCGGGGUGAGUCAUGUCCAUCGAAUAUUCUGAUAUUAUGUAUUUAGUAACUAGAAUGGAGGAUGACGAUAUAAUGGGUGGUUCCAUUAAAUUAUAUAUCUGGGUGGUGUACAGUGACUCGAAUGGUGAAAAUAAUCUAAUGACUUCUUCCUUAGACCAUGCUCCACCCCGCUAGAAAGUUUUGUGUGUUUUUUAAUAUUUUGCGUAAUCCUGCGUCCAAUAGGUGUACUACUAUUUAGUUUUUUAAUACCUUAGACAUAGCACUACUACAUUAAAACAACAGUGAGUUAGGUAACAUUUAAGUUUGGCUUAGUGAUAACCAAGCACAGCAACAACAUCAUGCUCAGCCGAUGCGUAUCAAGCGAGAUCGCUAAAAUGGGAGCCAUGUUUUGGGGGGGUGCAAACACAAAUACACACACAACCACAGAAUGUCAGCCAACCCUCAAACAGCUCGAGUAAACACACUGACCGCUGCCAGCAAGGGCCCUCAUCAAGUUAUGCAAGAGCUUUAUUUUGAAGAAUGUCAUGUGACACUUGCUGAGUCGCUUGUCUCUGUUCCUGCUUGGAUGUAGUGUGGCAACGUGUUCCGAAUGAAUUCUGUCUGGGAAACCAAGCUGGCCUCUCUGCUUUGUAGAUAAGAUGUUCAGCUGGAACUUUCCACCCUGUGUCUUCUUAGCAGGAUAGUUAUACAUACAUGGAAAUGUUAUACAAAUAACAAAGUUACAAGUUAUUUUUCUUAAUCAACUCCAAUACAGCACAAUGUAGUUGAAUACUGUCUAUUGUUAAAAAAAAGGCAUUUUGAAGCAUUUUCAAUACAGUAUAAAAAUGGCUAAAUGAAGUACAAUGCAAAUAUAAGGCAUUCAUAAGACACAUUCAAAGACACUGGUAUGAUAUGUAGUACUCUACACUGGCCACUAGGUGUCAGUAAUUAAGUAGUUCAGUGAGGCACACAAGCACGAGACUUGAUCGGCGGGCUUUAGACUUUAUUGCAUGUUUGAAUUAUCUCACAAAGUGCAUAAUAAUCCCUGAUAAAAACAAAGGGCUACCCACCACUACCCGCAACCCGCCACUCACUUCCCCUAGGGAGCACAUUUAUAGCAGCAUACACUAGCAUGAGUCUUAUUUAUGUCUUAAAUGGCUUAUUUACUCUCCUAUAUUGGGUAAUAUCAGUGCAAAGGUGGCAAUAGGGUUGUUGUUACAAAAAACAUAUUUAGAAGAUCGUAAACAGGUUAGCUGUGGACAAACACAGCUAAUUUGCAUUAAAGCUACAGACACAAAAAAACAACAUCAACUAAAAGCACAUUUAAACUGUCUAACUGCAUCAGUAAUACCUACAUUAAGUACACUAUUGUGGAGAGACUUAUUGAAAAAAAUCGAUGAAAAAUAGUUAUUUUGGACUCCAAACUGGGGGGAAUGUGUUUUACCCAAAUAUUUGAAAACAAUGGAGUUGUUGUUUUGAAUUGUUUCCUCAAUAAAAAACAGAUGCACAGAAUGCAUACAGAAAA